AAUUCAAGUCGAUAUCCUACUUUUGACCAAAAUCGAGUCCUCCAAUUCCCUCCCUCCCCUGCAAGAGCACCGAACAAGUCAUGAUGGCCUCGUCUGGAGCGGGGUGGAACCCCACCUCAAUGCUGCUAAUCUGCCUACUCAUCUUGGCCUUCACCACCAAGGUUCACGCUUUUGGGGCUGGAAAUAUUCCCUCGAUCGCCCAAGUCGAAGGUACGAAUUGGCGUCAUGGCGAUAUCGAGGACAUGCUCAAGACGGUAAGCUUCUUAUACGGAAAGAAAUGGACCACGAUGUUGGUGAAGCGGACCUACUUCGGCAACUGGCUGCGUGACUACUCCCAGGCUGUCGAUGUUGGCUCACUCAAGGGCGUCAACGCUGCGACCAUUCGCAUCCUCGUCUGGGUCUUGUCGUUUAUGGCCUUUGGAUAUGCCACAGACGAGUUUGAGGUUACCGAGGAGCGUCUGGGUGUCUACAGGCCUGAAGAGCACAUCGACAACCCCCUCGGCUAUGCAGAUGGCGACGAUGCCAGGAAGUUCGAUAAGAGACUGCGAGGGCCGGUCGACCAGCGCGAGCUGGACAUUGAUCACAACACCGGUAUGAAGAACUACAUCGCCAACGAGAGCGGCGGGUGGGCGACUAGCGCCGGCUACCUCAGAUUCAGCUUCGCGCGGAGCAUCCAUUUCGGCAGACUGUACACCAGCGGCGGAGCCGGAGCCAAGGGCAAGGAGACAGAUCUGUGUGAGGCCCUGCGGUGCCUUGGUCAGGCGUUGCACUGCAUGGAGGACUUUUCCGCUCACAGCAACUACUGCGAGCUCGCCCUGCGAGAGCUGGGGUAUCACAAUGUGUUCACGCACUGCGGCACCGCAGCCGAGAUCACUAUUCAUGGGAAGCGAGUCUAUCCCAUUGUGACGGGCACCUUUGGCGGUGUUGACUUCCUGCAUUCGGUUCUAGGCGAGGCUACGGACCACUUCACCCAAUCAGAGGUUGAUGAGGUGGACAUCGCGCUGAAGAAUGCCCAGUCUCAAGGGGUCUCUUCCGGUGGCGCCUCUCGCGAUGGUCCCACUGGAGACCGUGGGCUGUUCGGCUUGAGUCUGAGCAGCAGUGGCAAGGCGGGAAACGAUUUCAUCUCCAGCAUCGCCGACCUCCCCGGUAUAGGCUCUGGGUUCGCCGCCGAGGCUCGUGAGCUCCAACGCGCCUCUGCUGAGCAAGAGCGUGCGAACAGCGAGCGUCCGCGUGUCAACCUCAACCAGGUCCCUGGCAUGUCAGCAAAUUUCGAUCCCGUCGAGACAGCCAAGAAAAUAUACCCCAUCCUCCAAUUCCGGGACAGGAUCGUCAAGGCGAUCAAUAAUAUGAUAUCAAAGGUUCCCGGCCUAGAGAAGCUGCUGGAACACAUCAGCGAGACUCUGACGGCUUUUGUGCUCGGCUUGCUCGCCCCCUUCAUCCGUCCUAUCAUCAAUCAGGUGUCCAAGGUGCUCAAAGAUGGCAGCUCAGGUGUGAUCAGCGCGAGCGCGAAGGCCCAACUGGAGCCCUGGACGAACCCCAGCUGCACGAACCCAACCCACUCCAUGCUCUCCAAGGACCACUUCACCAAUGUGCUCAACUCUUGUGCAGGGAGAGUAGCCUCGACCGUCUUGCAGUACGCUGUCCCCCGCGUUCUUUAUGCCUGGGAGCACCCUGGCGUUCCGGUGGAUGAAGUAGUCAACGAUGUCCUGCGCGCCUUUCACCACCCAGCCAUCCGCAACGAGCAAAUCGAGAUCCAGAAGAACAUGUUCGCCACAGUCCGGCAGUGGGCCGACGAGAACCCACGGCGACAUGAGCUCAACAACCUUCUCUCCUCCGAGAGCGUCAAAGCCGGCAAGAACCACAUUGUUCGUCCGGACCAGAAAGGCGGUAACAAGAAUGACUGGACCGCCUGGACGAGCGCGCUCGGUCAAGUGGGUCAUGGCAAGGUCGGCGGGAGCCUGUGGAGCCAGGUGCAGACGCGCGACCUCAGUGCGAUGGAAGGUGGGGACGGAAGGCCUCAGGACCAGUACAUGUCACACGAGUCUGCCCCGCCCGGCGCCGCGCGUCCUGCCCGGCCCACGUCCUCCGCGGGAUAUGGGUACGGCCACAGUGCAUCACCGAGCGAUCCGGUGCCCAGCGGAGGUGCGGCAGAUGAAUAUCUGCGCGCGGCGGCGUCCCCAGCACACCAGUAUAGCGGAGCUACGCCACCCACCCAAUACUAUCAGGGUGCGUCACCGCAAACAUACGGCCAAAGCCCUCAACCCGGACAGUAUGGACAAUACAACCAGUACGGACAGCAGCAGCCGCAGUAUUGGGGAGGGCCACCACCUCCGGGACCAGGCGGGUAUCCCGGUGGAGGAUUCGGCCCUGGUGGUCCUGGUGGGCCAGGACAUCAUCCCCACGGGCAUCACGGGCCUGGCGGACCACACGGGCCUGGUGGGCCAGGACCUCACCACCACGGACCCCCUGGACCCUACGGACAGCCGCCUGGGCCGUAUGACCAGCCUCCACCUGGUUGGGGUGGUGGAUACGGGCGUGGAUACUGAGAGCGGACGGUGAUGCUGAUGGGAAACACGAGGACGCCACGCCGAGGCAGUGAGAAGCUGGCUUGAGAAGGGCUUUGAUGAGAUGCAUGACAACCAUAAAUGACGAAGAGGGGGAGAAGGCGUUUCAUAUUGACUCCUUUUUGGAGGAUCAUGGGCACGAAGGAGGGAGCAAGCAGGUAUGAAGGCUACCUGGGUAUGGCGUCAAGACUUGUGAGAUCGUAAUCUCCUCCAUAGACCUUCUAUAUAUAUAUAUAUAUAUAUAUUUCAUAUCUUCUCCG